CCGGAAGAGAACAGGAACCCACAUGGCAGCUCGAUGUUGCUGGAGUUGAGUGAAGCAGAUGAAGUUGUGUAAAGAGGCUGUUAUUCCUCAGCGUGCCAAUCGAUUUUAGGCGUUUGCGAUCACAGUGGCAAACAGAGAUGUCUGGAGCCAAGCACAGGAUGCGCAGUAAGAAAAUGAGGAAUCAGCCCAGCAGUGUCACAUACAACUCUCCCGGCUGGCGCAACGGUGGAGAAACUUCACAGUCUGGUCGCUGGUCUGAGCACACCCCACAGGGAAAAGGCCACAAUGCCCAGCCCUCUGGCUGGAUCAGGGGGCACCCUGUCGGGGGUAACGUGAAGGCCGGUCAGGCUUAUUCCCAGGAACUUCCCAAAUGCAUCACGGCCUCGACCUUCGCCAAGGCCCGAGCUGCAGAAGUGAAGGCCAUGCUGAAGGCGGUCACCAAGACGACGGGCAGCUCUCACGUGUUUGGCGCCCUUCCCAAGCACAUGAGGAGGAGGGCCAUGAGCCACAACACCAAGCGUCUGCCGACCAGGCUGAGGGAGGGGGCGCAGAAGAUGCUGGAGAAGAGCCAGCAGGCGGGUCAGAAGGAGAGGAAGGAACAGCCCAAAAGCAAGAGCCGCAAAGCACGCCGGCGCCACGGCAACCUGCUGCUGGAGUUCAACCGCCGUCAGAGGAAGAACGUGUGGCUGGAGACGCACAUCUGGCAUGCCAAGCGCUUCCACAUGGUGAAGAGGUGGGGCUACUGUCUGGGACACCGGCCUACGUACAAGUGCUACCGGGCCUGUUACCGGGCAAUGACCGACUACAGCCUGCUGCAGGACCUUUCCUACUACUGCUGUGUGGAGGUUCAGGGAGAGGAGGAACUGCUGCUUCGAGCAAUGUCCAGGCUGACCAGCGCCGAAACCGGGCCUACGUUCGCUGCAGUGCUGUGUCUCUCUGGGCGGAGGCAGGGCAGUGCAGUGCUCUACAGAGCGGAUCAGUACCCCACACAGCCCCUGGGCCCUGUGCUCUUCCUGUGGAGACCUAGGUCUGCAGGCUCCAGCCACAGGCAGCUCUGGAUCUGGCUCCACCCAUCCCUCAAGCAGGGUCUUCUGUCCGACCUUCAGCUAGUGUGCCAGUGCUCUAAAGCUGUGGUGCCCCCCACCCCAGUCCCCCUGCCUGCUCCAGCAGCAGAUCCGGCACCCAGUCCGAUGAAGAGGCCGGAUGAAGAGCAGCCCACGGGGAGGAAGAGGAAAAGGAAGAGGGAGGAAGAGGGCUCUGGGGACACAGUCCCAGUGAAGAAGAUUCUUGGGGACGGCACUCGAUCUCCAUUGACCCCUGUCACCUGGAAGUCCGAUUCAACAGGGAUCGUCAUUCGUGACCUCACAAUGGAAAUUGUACGCUACCGUCUGAUUGGACCACUCUCCCAUUCUGUACUGGCGGAUGCUUUGACACCAGCUUCCGUCUGUGAAGAUGCAAGCAAACCGGAAACCUCUUGCUUUUGGUGGCCUGAACAUUGCAAAGAAGAGGAUAACAUGUCCCUUCACCAAGAGCAAGCCGAUAUCUUCCAUCUGCUCAAAGGGUUGUGUUCCACAGGAGAAGUGCCCUCAGGCUCUGUUCUUGGGCUCACAGUUGAUGACCCCAGGCUGACCUUGCCAGGAAAGAGGAUCAAAGUAGCGCCUAACCUCCAGCAGCUGGAAGGGGAGGGCGCUGACAGGAGGAGGGCUCUGACGCUGCAGGGUGUCCCAGAGCGCUGCUGCCAGAGCGCCCUGUGGGACCAGGCCGUCCGUGAUAACGUCACCCACAACAAGAUCCCAGAGCAGGAGCUGAACCGGAUGAAGAGCUCGUUGCUGGUUCCCGGGUCGAGGCUCCAGCCCGCCCCCCCACAUGGCCGCGUCCCCCUGCUGCUGCUCCAGCAGCCCGGCAAACAGCUGGGCCAGGAGAUGGGCUCGUGGGGCGCGGGCUGGGACCUGCUGCUGCCCAAGGGCUGGGGCAUGGCCUUCUGGGUCCCUCUGGUGUACCGCGGGGUGCGCGUGGGGGGCCUGCAGGAGGCGCUCAAACACUCCCAGAGCAAAGGGGCGGAGCACUUCCCCCACGACUUCCCAGACUGCCCAGCGGGGGUCGGCUUCCUGCAGGAGCAGGAAGCUCGGCUCCUCGACGGCUAUAAACGGCGUCCGCCUGCCAAAAGGCCCAAUUACAUAAAACAUGGCUGCCUCGCUCCGUUCCGUUGCCCUUGGCAACAGCUGGCCGAGGAGUGGGAGAUGAUUGUGAUGGAGGGUGAAGAGGGGGACCUGCCUGCACCUCCCCCCCACCCCCAGCCUCAGCUCCGAGAGGAGACCUCCGCCCCUCCGCCACAGGAAGUGACAUCACGUCAACACAGUGUCGCACCUCCACUGAGCAGGGUCAUUGUCCUGAGGAACAGGAAGGCUCUGCGUACAGUGUCUGCCUGGUGCAGGCCCACCUUUUCCAGAGGUCAAAGGUGGCGACGGCCUGCACAGCUGCAGCAGCUGAGCCCUGUGUCUGCGGAGACUCUCCGAACGGCCCACCCCAGGAGCCUGGUGUGGGUGCGACUUUGCAUGCUUAGGAAGGGCAGUCCCUCUCUCCACGCCAUGAUCUGUGUCCCCACCCCAGAGGACAUGCAGCAGCUCCGCAGAGACCCCGCCUACUGCGGGCCCCAGGAGCCACCACACACCGACCACUUCCUGAACCGGACGAAGCGGUGGAAGAAAGGCCUGAAACCAGCCAGCUCCACCCACAAGCAAGAAAAGAAGUCUGCUGAGGCCGUCUCUGCCCCCAGCUCCACCAUGGGGCCCGAGUCCGGCUCUGCCCCCAGCUCCACCGUGGGCCCCGAGGCCGGCUCUGCCCCCAGCUCCACCGUGGGCCCCGAGGCCGGCUCUGCCCCCAGCUCCACCGUGGGCCCCGAGGCCGGCUCUGCCCCCAGCUCCACCGUGGGCCCCGAGGCCGGCUCUGCCCCCAGCUCCACCGUGGGCCCCGAGGCCGGCUCUGCCCCCAGCUCCACCGUGGGCCCCGAGGCCGGCUCUGCCCCCAGCUCCACCGUGGGCCCCGAGGCCGGCUCUGCCCCAAGCUCCACCGCGGGCCCCGAGGCCGGCUCUGCCCCCAGCUCCACCGUGGGCCCCGAGGCCGGCUCUGCCCCCAGCUCCACCGCGGGCCCCGAGGCCGGCCUGACUCGGGGACUGUGGCCAGACCCCCUGCCCAGCGUGACCUCUCACUGCUCCCGGGUGACCAUGGGCUGGGUCACGCAGGGCGACUUCAGCUUGUCUGCGGGAUGCGGGGAGGCGCUGGGGUUCGUCAGCCUGACAGGCCUCCUGCAUGCUCUCUCCAGCCAGCCGGCCGACCUGCGAGGCCUGGUGCUGCUGAGAAACCCUGCCUCCCUGCAGUACCGCUUUGCAAAAAUCAACAUCGAGGUUUAACCCCACAGCCUCUUCUACACAGGGAACUUUAGGUGGCCUGUGUAUUUAAACACUUGCAUAACAUACAAACACAGAUGUAGGACUCUGACAUUGGUGUAGACGGAAGCUCACAUUGGUGCUUUUCCUUCCAUAACUGACCAAGCCUUGAAAAUGCAUAGCAACAGCAGGCGAUGUUCAUUUAAUCUCUUCAUAUUUGUAUGUAUUUGUAAAUAAAAUGAGUAUUUAAUUUACAGUUAAAUUUCAAAAAGCACUGAAGUCACAUGAAAGUAAUAUGAAAUGAAAGUUGGAUUGAAUAGUGAGAUGGGCUGAACUGUGCCACGCUGUCCCAUUAAUGAACUGUUUGCUGAAUAAUAUUUGGAUGCUUGUUGAAAAGAGUUUAGACUCAUAUUCCCAGCAUGGACUAUCUGCUGAAGACAUUCUUGUCUCGUAUAAGACCGAGAUGAUUAAAGGUUCCUUUUUUUGGAGGAUUGAAUGCCUUAAGAAUUUUGAGUUUUGCUUCAUUGCCUUAUUGUUUUUUGGAGGCCAAUCUGUUUGUAAUUGGUUGUAAUCUGACAGUAAUGCGUAGUCAGUAUGAGACUUUGUUUUGGACUGGUUUUUGGAGACAAUUUUUUUUUGUUCUUUAUUUUAAACAUCCUGUACUCCAAAUAAAUUCUCUGUUCACUAUU